GGUGAAGGGAUUAUGUCUAGAUCAAAGUGUUAUCAUCCAUUUUGUCCAUGUUCUCUCUUCCUCCAGCCGGUGAUCAGCUUAGACGGGAGAAUCUCAUACACCUUCACCAGCGAGGGAAUGAACACUGUUACGGCCCAAGUGUCUUCAGCCAACGCCAUACCGCAAGACACCAAGACGAUAGCCGUCCAAGAGUUCUUCAAAUCUCUGCUUUUAUCUUUCUCCCCUAAUCUGGACGAGUACAAGCCUGACAUCCCCGAGUGGAGACAGGAUGUGGGGAGAGUCAUUAAGAAGGCUCUGCUCCAAUACCCUUGGUGGAUUCCAUCCCGAGACACAGCAGUUCAGCAAUGCUGAUGCUCCCAUCAGCAGUAUUCCUUGGUUUAGCAGUGUUUUUUAUCUACAAAUUCAAGAUUUAUGUAUAGUACAUUAUGAUUAUAUCUUUGAACACUAUAUCGAAGCACAGUUCAAAUCACCUGCCAUCGUCGUUAACCUUUUCACACGUACCAACAAACAGGUGUGAUCAUUCUACAGUGGUGCCUGCAGCGUACGCUCAAACCAGUGUGAUUAGAAUGCUUAUUUAAAACGCCCAGUUUCGAUUGACGCAACAGACAGCAUUUGAGCUGGCCACACUGUUUUUUCACAGAAAAAUUUUGCAAGAACUAAUGUCCAGAAUGUGACCAGUUUAUUUUUGGAUGCAAUGUUCAGACAUUUACAGAAGUAUCUACAUCAUAACGCAAUCAUCCAAACCGGAAAAUGUAGGGAUGUAAAUGAGCUAAUAGCAAUUAACAUGUAUACAUAAUCACAUCACUGGCGAGCUCACCUUUGAUCAAAAUAAUUGAGUAAAACACUUGCUAGAAAUCGAAAGUAAUCCGACGAUGGGUAGUUUGUGCUCUACCAUGUAUGUUUUUUUUCUCGCAUCAACCAAAGAUCAUAAGAGGAGACAAGAUGAGUUGUGUCUGUAUAUAGUAUAUAUGUUGAAGGUGAUGUGUCAUCUACCUCACCAUAUUAUAACAUAUAUGGUCUAACAGACUUUUACGUGAAACCCACAUUGCAUUGUAUGUCAACAAACAUGGCUCCACACAUAGCUGGCAAAUAGAUUAGCAUUAGCUCAUUAGAAUCACGACAACAAAAUACCCCAAAAAUAUUUUACACACAUCAUAGGUGUCCAUUACAAUCUAUACAUUAAUCGGAAUGCAUUAAUUGUCACUUGAAGUACUUGAAAACGUGAAUAAACUGUAAAUACAUUAUGCUCCAUACAUACAUACAUACAGUUGAAGUCGGAAGUUUACAUACACCUUAGCCAAAUACAUUUAAGCUCAGUUUUUCACAAUUCCUGACAUUUAAUCCUAGUAAAAA